AAACCUUCUGUACGUCAACAUCUCUUGUGUUGCCAAGCGUCAGCUCGUUUACUUCAAAUCCCCGAACAAUGCCUCGCCCUGACGGAUCGUCUACCCCUGCUGCGGAAGGAGAACGCAAGUAUCUUGUUGCCGGCAAUUGGAAGUGCAACGGAACCCUUGCCUCAAAUGAGGAACUCGUCAAAACCUUCAACGAGGCUGGACCGAUCCCUUCCAACGUGGAAGUAGCGAUUUGCUGCCCUUCAGUGUAUCUUCCUCAGCUUCUCAGCUCGCUUCGUGACGAUAUCCAGAUCGGGGCACAGGAUUGUGGCGUCAACGACAAGAACGGAGCCUUCACCGGUGAAAUCGGCGCCUUUCAGAUAAAGGAUAUUGGUUGCGACUGGGUCAUCAUCGGACACUCCGAACGGCGUGAAGGAUUUGAAAUGCCGGGAGAAACCCCUGAUCUUUGCGCCAAGAAAACCCGUGUUGCCAUCGAUGCCGGCCUCAAAGUCAUGUUCUGCAUCGGGGAAAAGAAGGAACAGCGCGAGGACGGCACAACAAUGGAUGUGUGCGCAUCUCAGUUGGAGCCUCUCGCGGCUGUUCUCACCGAAUCAGAUUGGUCCAGUAUCGCGAUUGCUUACGAGCCCGUGUGGGCGAUUGGUACAGGCUUGACCGCGACACCCGAAAUGGCCCAGGAGACUCACGCGUCGAUUCGAGACUGGAUCUCACAGAACGUAUCCGCAGACGUUGCCGGCAAGGUUCGUAUUCAGUACGGUGGCUCCAUGAAAGGUGCCAACGCCAAAGAUCUGCUAGAACAGCCGGAUAUUGACGGCGGAUUGAUCGGGGGUGCAUCCUUGACAGCUGACUUUUUUAAUGUUGUCAAUGGUGCUCCCAAAUAAACAUCUUUUUAAAUGAAUAUGAUUUGUUACCUGUGGUUGUAACAACAGUACUCGUUUCAUCAAGAUGUCUUUUUUCAACAAUCAAUACCAUCCUUUUUCGACAGAAUAGCUUAUCUGUUUUACAUACUG